GAUGGUAAUAUAAAUGAUCAUUCGAAUGAUGAUGAUGAUUCUGGAAAUAAUCAACAACAAUCAUCAUCUUCAACAUCAAUAAUGUCAAUAAUCAAUAACAAUCAUAAUAAUUGGCUGAAUAUUGAUGAACCAGUUAUACAUAAUGUAGUUGCAACAGCAAAUUUUAAUUGUCGAUUAGAAUUAUCAAAAAUUGCCAUCCGUGUACGAAAUGCUGAAUAUAAUCCGAAAAGAUUUUGUGCCGUUAUAAUGCGUAUAUUUGAACCACGAACAACAGCAUUAUUAUUUGCAUCAGGUAAAAUUGUUAUUACUGGUGCUAAAAAUGAACGUUUUGCAUGUCUUUCUUGUCGUAAAUUUGCUCGUAUUGUACAAAAACUUGGUAACGAUGUAAAAUUAACGGAUUUUAAAAUACAAAAUGUUGUAUCCACAGUGGAUAUGAAAUUUCCUAUACGUUUAGAUAAAUUAUCAAUUGUUCAUUCACAAUUUUGUACAUAUGAUCCGGAUUUUUUCCCCGCACUUAUUUAUCGUAUGGUACAACCACGUACAGUAUUAUUAAUAUUUGUUUCGGGAAAAUUAUUAAUAACAGGUGCACGUAAUCGUUUACAAAUUAAAGAAACAAUGGAACAUAUUGGUCCAGUUUUAUGUAGUUUUCGUAAAUAAUAUAUGUUUAUAAAUAUGGAAAUUUAUUAUUAUUAUUUUCAAAAAAAAUGAAUGUUUUUUUUUUCUUCUUAAAUUUAAAAAUGAUG